UGCUAGAGUAGGAUUUCUAGUAUUUCGGAGCACAGUAUUUUUUGCUUGUCUGUCUUUGGAUCUGUGUGCGUUUAACGGUAAUAAAGACAGAUAGGCUGAAUCGUUAAAUGUAGAUAUUGCAGACUGGAUCUUUACAUCUGUAUACCGUCUCCAAUUGGAAUAAAUAAUUGAGGAAUGUGGAAAUUACAGAAUGCCCAACAGCGUUGGAAAGAGAUUUAAACCCACCAAAUACAUCCCGGUAUCUACUGCAGCCACUUUUCUUGUGGGAUCCACCACCUUAUUCUUCGUUUUUACGUGCCCCUGGCUGACCAACACGAUCUCCCCCGCUGUGCCUCUCUACAAUGGCGUCGUCUUCCUCUUUGUGCUGGCCAACUUCAGCAUGGCUACCUUCAUGGACCCUGGAGUCUUCCCCAGAGCGGAUGAGGACGAGGACAAGGACGAUGAUUUCCGGGCUCCUCUCUACAAGAAUGUGGAGAUCAAAGGAAUUCAGGUCCGGAUGAAAUGGUGUGCCACCUGUCACUUCUACAGACCACCCCGCUGCUCUCACUGCAGCGUGUGUGACAACUGUGUGGAGGACUUUGACCACCACUGCCCCUGGGUGAACAACUGUAUCGGGCGUAGGAACUACCGUUACUUCUUCCUGUUCCUGCUGUCACUAAGCAUCCACAUGGUGGGCGUGUUCUCCUUCGGCAUGCUGUUCGUGCUGCACCACAUGGAGCGGCUGGGCACGCUGCACACCACCAUCACUCUGGUGGUGAUGUGUAUAGCAGGGCUCUUCUUCAUUCCAGUCAUGGGCCUGACAGGCUUCCAUAUGGUCCUCGUCGCCAGAGGUCGCACCACUAACGAACAGGUGACAGGCAAGUUCCGUGGAGGAGUAAAUCCCUUCACGCGGGGUUGCUGUGACAACAUCAAGUAUGUCCUGUGUGCUCCCCUGGCGCCCAGGUACAAUGGUGUGGACCCAAGGAAGAAGCCCCCUGUCUCCAUCAAGCCCCCCUUCAUUAGACCAGACCUGUCUGACAAACAGAUCAGCAUCAAGGUCAGCGACAACGGGAUCCACACCAGCAUCCUCCGGUCUAAAUCCAAGAUCAGUCUGGAUGGUCUGACCCUGGAUGACAAAGGCCUAGACACCCAGCCUCCACUACCCCCCAAAGCUGACCGCUACAACCAGCUGAAGAGCCAGCUGACGUCCAGCGAAGAUAGUUCCCUGUCCGGCAAGACCCAUCCCUCCUCCCCGGCCAUGUACAAGUACCGGCCCUCGUUCGGCACCAUCCCUAAAGUCCAUUACCACGCGGCAGGGGAGAAGAUUGUAAUGCCUGAUGACCACUGUAAGGCGUCAGCCAUCUUGGAGGAGGGCCGUUGCCAUGUCGACUACCGCUCAGAGCCCAACCUGGACCUGCCUGACUACCGCAACGCCCCUCUCCACCGAUCCUUCCAGUCCUCCCCACUGCAGCUGGACUCCUACCCCAUCACCUCCAGCUCCCUCAGCCUGAAGCAUGCCUACCAGCGCAGGGACAAGGGCCAGCUGCCUGUCCUGCAGCCUGAGACAGUCACCGCCACCCCCUACAAGAGCGUCUUCUCCCCACUGUCCAACCGCAACAGCAGCCUCUCCUACGACAGCCUGCUCAACCCCAGCAUUUCCCCAGCCACCGCAGCCGAGUGCAUAGCCCACCCCGGCAUGCCCUCUAUGGGCUCACACUCACCCUUCCUGCCAACCAAAAUGUGCCACGUGCGGGGGCCUGAACCUCAGAUCCAGAGGCAGCAGGUCCCCCCCAGCUUCAGCCCGGUGUUGGGCUCCAGGGGGAUGGGGUUGAGCAGGGGCAGGCAGUCCCCCCAGGACCGGGACCUGUCCCCGGUGCGCUACGACAACCUCUCCAAAACCAUCAUGGCCUCCAUCCAGGAGCGUAAAGAGAUGGAGGAGAGGGAGAAGCUGCAGCUGCUGCACCACGGGGGGCGCUCCCAGGCUCAGUCCUAUGCCCAGGCUCAGGCCUAUGCCCAGGCUCAGGACAUGUUCGACAGCUCUGGAGGGUACGGCCUGCCUCCCAGCGCCUGCUACCCCGACGGUCCCCGGGGCCCCAGCUCCAGAGGCCCCACGCCCCCAGCCUACGGAGGUUCCAGGGACAACCUGAUGGGGGUGGGGGUGGUGAGCUAUGGGCCUCGGACCCCCGUGCUGCGCUCCUCUGGUGGCUCCUCUCUGGUACGUGCCCCCAGGACUUCCUCCAGCUCCCUGCACACUGACAGCAGCAUGCAGGGAGGCAGGGCCCCUGAGCCCCUCUGCCGCUCCCCGGCCCAACAGCCCCACCACUCCCCCGCCAUGCCCCGAUCCCCCUCCUACACCCACAAGAAACUCUCCUUCAUCCACGCCCUGGAGAGGACAGACUCACCCCGCCUGGGUGGCCCAAGAGAGGCCAUGAUGCAAAGUAAAGUGAAUGGGCAAACGGACUGCCAUCUAGGGCCCAACAGCUCCAGUGCCCAGGGCACCACUCUCAGCCCUAGCCGCCACAGUAAUGUCAAAAAGGUGACCGGGGUGGGUGGCACCACCUAUGAGAUAUCUGUGUGAAAGGGCUGGGGCCCGGGGCGCCAAAUCUUGAGGGAGGAGGCAGCAUUCUCAUGGCAUCCACAUCCAAUGACAACAACAACCGUGCUACACAGAGAGGAUUCUCUUCGACCUUUGACCUUUUUUUAUUAGAUUUUGACCAAUCAGGGGCACAUAGCAUUUCCUACUUGGGAAUUAUUGGCCAAUCAGAGGACCUCUGCUCUUUCCGGGCCUAGCCCUUGGUCUCUAUGUGUCUGUACUAGACGAGUGGGCUGUGAUAAGUGUGUGUUUGAUGGGAAAGGAGAAACUUCAACCUAAAGAGGGCUGAGGUUUGUACUGAGUGUGUUGUUGAAUUUUGUGGCUUGUUGCGUUGCUCAUCAGUGGACAGUCUGAAUAAGAUCUUAAAUGUGUUGUUUACAGCGUCUCUCAGUUGCGGUCUAGGUGCUGUUCUGUUUGAUCACACUCACUAACCACCCACCCAGGCCACGAGAAGUUAACACCCAGACACCCAAACACAUACAGAUGAUGCCACAUGUCUUUGUUCAGAAACAUUCUCUGAAAUAGCAAUGGUAUGGCGAGCCACCUCCAACUCAAUAAGUCAAGCAUACAGCACCAAUCCAUUAGAUUCAAGCAUACAGCACCAAUCCAAUAGAUUCAAGCAUACAGCACCAAUCCAUUAGAUUCAAGCAUACAGCACCAAUCCAUCAGAUUCAAGCAUACAGCAUCACUCCAUUGGAUUCAAGCAUACAGCAUCAAACCUUUGGAUUCAAGCAUACAGCAUCAAUCCAUUAGAUUCAAGCAUACGGCAUCAAUCCAUUAGAUUCAAGCAUACAGCAUCACUCCAUUGGAUUCAAGCAUACAGCAUACCUCUUAUGAAUUCAAGGUGCUUCACAUAUCCUGUCCAACUGACCGUGUCUGUCUUGUCCAUCAACAACAUGUUGGCCAUUACUGAGCAGCAAAGAGAGAAGAUCACAUCGCACCAGUCAGUGUUAGAUCAAUACAAUCUAGAAUGGAUAUCAAACUGUUAAAUGGUGAUACAACAGUGCUGUGUUGCACUCAGAGACACAGGUCUUGAAUGUCUCCAACUCUACAUUUAUCCUCUAUGAGUUUUGAGGAGGUGUUUUAGGGCUUACAGUACAGGAGCAUAUUCAUCGCAACUCUAGCUAAGCUCCAGUAUUUAUUUCCCUUCAUAAACUGUGUGGUUCGAGCCCUGAAUGCUGAUUGGCUGAAAGUCGUGGUAUAUCAGACCGUAUACCACAGGUAUGAAAAAACAUUUAUUUUUACUGUUCUAGUUACGUUUAUAACCAGUUUAUAAUUGCAAUAAGACACCUUGGGGGUUUGUGGUACAUGGCCAUUAUACCACGGCUAAUGGCUGUAUCCAGGCACUCCGCAUUGC